AGAGAGAGAGAGAGAGAGAGAGGAAAAAAGAGAACUUAGAACUCACAAUCAUUAUCAACCAAACUACAAAACCUAAGAAUUUGAAGACUCGAGAGGGACAACUCACAAAGUACUAAGAUGGAGUUUUGACAAACCUAACUCAUAAAAAGCCUAGAAAGGAAGAGAGAGAGAGAAGUAGAAAAUGGUGGAUGUGAGAAAAAUAGUGGUUGUAGUGGAAGAGGUGGAAGCAGCAAGAACAGCCCUUCAAUGGGCUCUCCACAACCUUAUUCGCUAUGAAGACAUAAUCACUCUCCUCCAUGUUUACCCUUCCUCAAGAUCCAAAAGCAAGAAGAAAGCUCGACACCUCCGCUUAAAUGGCUUCCAACUAGCUCUCUCUUUCAAAGACAUUUGCAACAACUUCCCUAACACAAAGGUUGAGAUUAUUGUGACGGAAGGGGACCAAGAAGACCAAGUGGGUGCGAAGAUUGCAGCCAUGGUUCGAGAGAUUGGAGCUUCCUCACUUGUGGUUGGACUCCAUGAUCACAGCUUUCUUUACAAGUUGGCAAUGGCCCACGAGGAUAUUGCAAACAACUUGAAUUGCAGGGUGCUUGCCAUCAAACAACCAUAUCCAUUACCAUUAAGAAAGAAGACCAAUGUAGUACCAGCACUAGACAGUUCAACUAACUUGGACUUUUCACAGAUCGAGAUUGCUAGAUUACUUGUCCCUGAUAUUCCGCCACCAAAAAUUCCGUACCGGAUAUGCCCAAGCCCUACAGCAAUUAUUUGGAGAUCAAGAAAGUCAAGGAGGAAGUAAAAUUUCUUGAAGUGGAGGCUCAAAUUUGAAAUUUACCACAGGCUGAGGUUCAGCUGAUCUAGGCCACUUUCCCUUUAAAGAAAAAAUUAUUUGGGCAUGGCCUAGCAUACAAUUCAGCUCUAGCUUUUUUAACUUAUUCUCACACAAAAUACAAAUGAAAAGUGGAAUUGACAUCAUCUGGUUGUUUGUGCUUACAUUUUUCUUUAAUGUAAGAUUUGAAUCAUUUGAUCAUGUCAUUGUCUUUGUGCACAGUUAUGAGUAAAAUUCUUCAUCCUUAUCUUACCUCAAGCUAGAUAGUACAUGGCACAGCUUCUUCUGUACCGAAUUUAUUUGUAAUUGAAAUUUGCAAAGCGUGAAGAACCUGCACUGAUGCAUUCUUUUGGCAUGAGUUACCAA